CUAAAUGCCAGUUCCUUGCCACAGAAUUGCACACUGCAGAUGAGGGCCAAGAAGGCACAUAAUUUCACGUCGCAGAAUCUCGUCGAAGACAGUUUAUUUCCUUAAGACACGUGCUCGUGAGACGUAACAAUACCAAAAUAUUGGUCAUCUUAAUACAGUGUUUUGGAAACACUCACGAUUUGUUUAUUACACUUUAUUACAUAUUUGACGAUGGAAAUUAUUCAUGAAACACUUCGUAGACGCAUUAAGGAAGCGAACAAAGAUACAUGGCUAACAGAUAAAUUUAACACAUUGAAAAAUGAUGAAGAACGUGUGAUAUUUACUUUUGAAGUGAUGCAAGAAUUCAAUGUUGUUCCUAAAGUAAAAAAUGUGCCAAAAAAUCUUGUAGAUUCUAUAAAAUUUAGAGAAGAAGGAAAUAAGUUGUUUCUUACAAACCCUCUCAAUGGAUACAAAUGUAUUAAAGUAUUAGAAUUAUAUACAAAAAGUAUAGCUUAUGCAAAUCCUUCAUCAAAAGAACUUGCUUUGGCUUAUGCCAACAGAUCUGCUGUUUUAUUAAAAAUUCAUAAGUAUGAACUCUGUAUUCAAGACAUCGAAAGAGCAUUAUCUCUGAAUUAUCCUGAUGAAUUAAAAGUCAAAUUAUAUGUGCGUAAAGUAGAAUGUUUAGUAUCAAUUGGAGAGUCUUCUAUAAAAGAAGAUUAUGAAACUGCACUUCAUUGGUUGGAAAAGAUGUCGUUAAAUGAUCCUAAUAGAAAAAAGUUUCAAUCAAAAUUACGAUAUUUACAUGGACAAUCAAAAAAAGGGCUAAAAAGCAAUAAAGAAAAACAGCAACCAAAGAAUCAGCUUAAUCUUAAAGUUAAAUCUCAUAAUAUAGAAGUUCCAUGCGCAUCAGAUGCAGUAGCUAUUGAAUACAAUGAUACUUAUGGAAGACAUAUUGUUGCUACCCGUGACAUUUCUCCUGGUGAAGUCAUUGCUGUAGAGAAACCUUAUUCUUUUCUUUUAAGACCAGAUAAUAUUUAUACUCAUUGUUCAUAUUGUUUGGAAGUUUCUUUGGCAAGUAUACCUUGUGAUCAUUGCGUUUAUGCCCUGUAUUGUUCUGAAAAAUGUAAAUUGGAAGACUGGAAGAAAUAUCAUGAUAUAGAAUGUCCCGUAUUUUCAAUAUUGUUUGAGAUUUCUGAUUAUAUUAAGGUUGAUCUGUUUAGCGCCAGAAUUGCAAUACAAGCGAUAAGAGAGUUUAAAAGUUUGGAAAAUUUAAGAAAGCAGAUUAAGGAAGUUGAUGAAUGGGAUGAUCCUAGAACAAAAGGUUUUAGUUCCGAUAAGAAACUUCACAGUGAUAAAUAUAUAAGUAUAUAUUGUCUUACAACCAAUACUGAAAAAAGAUCAGCAAUUGAUCUAUUCAGAAGAUCUGUAGAUGCUUGUAUUAUUUUAUAUUUACUUGCUACACGUACCGCGAUAUUUGGCGAUAAAUUGGAAGAUGAAUUAUCUGCAUUAGUUAAAAACAAAGAUGUUACACUAAUUGGUGGGCUUAUUUUAAGGCAUCAACAAUUAAUACCUAGUAAUGUUCAUAGUUUUAGUGAAGAAUACGUUUUAGAUAGUAAAGAACGAGGUGUUGUAGCAAUGGCAUUUUAUAGCCUGUUUAAUCAUAGCUGUAAUCCAAACGUACUAAGGUUUUCAAGAUCUAGAGAAAUGAUUAUGUGUGCUGCUUAUCCUAUAGAGAAAGGAGAACAGCUUUUAGAUAAUUAUGGUCAGCAUUAUGCCAUAAUGGGAAAAUCAAAAAGACAAGAGGGACUUCUGAAACAAUAUUAUUUCGAAUGUAAUUGCAUAGCAUGUGACGAGGAUUGGGCUCCAUAUUUUGCUCUAUAUUCUUACCAAGAUUUAGGAACAAAUUAUGAUAACUGGAUUAUCGCGAAGGCUCUAAGAAAGUUCGAGUCAUAUGUCUCUUUAGCAACUAUGGAUGAAGUUCAUGACAAACCGCAUAUAAUACGAGAUUUAUUAAAGAUGGUACAAGUUUUAUAUGAUCAUGCUCCAAUGCCUUGUAAAGAAAUGAAUGAGGUUGUGGAAACUAUAAAACGUGUGUAUUGUUUAAGUGGAAACAGAUUUGACUUGCCUGUAAUAUAAAUAUAAUAAUGAUAGCUGCGUGUAUUCUUAUUUGUUUUAAAUAAAUAAAUGAUUAAUAAAAAUUAUAAAUGUGAUAUAAAUAUAACAAUGAUAAUUGUGUGUAUUCUCAUUUGUUUUAAAUAAGUAAAU